GCUCGCUGGGUCUCCGGCUCCGGCGCCGGCUCCUGCUUCUCCCGGCCGCCCGGGGCCAAGACGACGAGAGGUUGUAAAAAUCCAUGUGGGACGGCCCCGGGGCGAGCAUCCGAAAGAUCUUUGAGUGGAGUUAUUUUCUGGUACGGACUGUGAAAAGAAUGCGGUGAAAAUUCUAGACAAUCGUGGAAAUAUUAGCUCAAACCCCAACUUAGUAUAGCAUUUCUUCUCUUCAGUAACACCUCAUAAUACAAGAAAAAUGUAUGGAAGUGCAAGAACAAUCACCAAUCUGGAAGGUAGCCCUUCCAGAUCCCCUCGUUUGCCAAGGUCUCCUCGUUUGGGCCACCGAAGAACAAGUAGCGGGGGAGGUGGAGGAACAGGCAAGACUCUGUCUAUGGAGAAUAUCCAGUCCCUCAAUGCAGCCUAUGCUACGUCUGGACCCAUGUAUCUGAGUGAUCAUGAAGGGGUGGCUUCAACAACUUACCCAAAGGGCACUAUGACUCUGGGAAGGGCUACGAAUCGAGCUGUAUAUGGAGGCCGUGUCACAGCCAUGGGGAGUAGUCCCAAUAUUGCUUCUGCUGGACUUUCCCACACAGAUGUCCUUUCAUACACAGAUCAACAUGGUGGGCUGACUGGCUCAUCCCAUCAUCACCACCACCAGGUCCCCUCCAUGUUGAGGCAGGUAAGAGACAGCACAAUGUUAGAUCUUCAGGCCCAGCUGAAAGAACUGCAGAGAGAGAAUGACCUCCUCCGGAAAGAGCUCGACAUCAAGGACAGCAAGUUGGGAUCUUCCAUGAACAGUAUUAAGACUUUCUGGAGUCCUGAGCUUAAGAAGGAGAGAGUCUUGAGGAAAGAAGAGGCAGCGCGGAUGUCUGUCCUCAAGGAGCAGAUGAGGGUUUCCCAUGAAGAAAAUCAGCACCUACAGUUGACAAUCCAAGCCCUUCAAGAUGAGCUGCGAACCCAGAGAGACCUCAACCACCUCCUCCAGCAAGAGAGUGGCAACCGAGGAGCGGAGCACUUCACCAUCGAGCUGACCGAGGAGAACUUCAGGCGGCUCCAAGCCGAGCACGACAGGCAGGCCAAGGAGCUGUUCCUUUUGAGGAAGACAUUAGAGGAAAUGGAGCUGAGAAUUGAAACGCAGAAACAAACCCUCAAUGCCCGAGAUGAGUCGAUUAAAAAACUUCUUGAGAUGUUACAAAGUAAAGGCUUGCCGUCCAAAAGCCUAGAGGAUGACAAUGAGCGAACGCGACGGAUGGCAGAGGCUGAGUCUCAGGUCAGCCACUUGGAAGUGAUUUUAGACCAGAAAGAGAAGGAAAACAUACAUCUUAGAGAGGAAUUGCACCGAAGAAGCCAGCUUCAGCCGGAGCCAGCCAAGACGAAGGCUCUCCAGACUGUCAUCGAAAUGAAGGACACAAAAAUCGCUUCAUUGGAGCGAAACAUAAGGGAUCUUGAGGAUGAGAUCCAGAUGUUAAAAGCCAAUGGUGUGCUGAACACUGAGGACCGCGAAGAAGAGAUCAAACAAAUUGAGGUUUACAAAAGUCACUCCAAGUUUAUGAAGACCAAGAUUGAUCAGCUGAAGCAGGAACUUUCAAAGAAAGAGUCAGAACUUCUUGCCUUACAAACAAAGCUUGAAACCCUUAGCAAUCAAAAUUCAGAUUGCAAGCAACACAUUGAAGUGCUCAAAGAGUCGCUUACUGCCAAAGAACAGAGGGCUGCCAUCCUUCAGACUGAGGUAGAUGCGCUGAGAUUACGACUGGAAGAAAAAGAAUCUUUCCUCAAUAAAAAAACGAAACAGCUGCAGGACCUCACAGAAGAGAAGGGGACACUGGCCGGUGAGAUUCGUGACAUGAAAGAUAUGUUAGAAGUGAAGGAAAGAAAAAUCAAUGUUCUUCAGAAAAAGAUUGAAAACUUGCAAGAACAACUUAGGGAUAAAGACAAGCAACUGACCAACCUGAAAGACAGAGUGAAGUCCUUGCAGACAGAUUCCAGUAAUACAGAUACUGCACUGGCUACGCUAGAGGAAGCUCUGUCAGAGAAGGAGAGAAUAAUUGAGCGCUUGAAAGAACAGCGAGAAAGAGAUGAUCGGGAAAGACUAGAAGAGAUAGAAUCCUUCCGAAAAGAGAACAAAGACCUGAAAGAGAAGGUCAAUGCUUUACAGGCUGAACUCACUGAGAAAGAGUCUAGUUUAAUUGACCUCAAAGAACAUGCAUCUUCAUUAGCCUCUGCAGGGCUGAAAAGGGAUUCCAAAUUAAAGUCUCUAGAAAUAGCCAUCGAACAAAAGAAAGAGGAAUGUAGCAAAUUGGAAGCACAGUUAAAAAAGGCACAUAAUAUUGAAGAUGACUCCAGGAUGAACCCUGAGUUUGCAGACCGAAUAAAACAGCUAGAUAAAGAGGCGUCUUACUACCGCGACGAGUGUGGCAAGGCCCAAGCAGAAGUGGACCGGUUGCUGGAGAUCCUCAAGGAGGUGGAGAAUGAGAAGAAUGACAAGGACAAGAAGAUUGCAGAACUGGAGAGCUUGACUCUCAGGCAUAUGAAAGAUCAGAAUAAGAAGGUGGCCAACCUCAAGCACAAUCAACAGUUGGAAAAGAAGAAAAAUGCUCAGCUACUAGAAGAAGUCCGCAGGCGAGAAGAUAGCAUGGCUGACAACUCACAGCAUUUGCAGAUAGAGGAACUGAUGAAUGCACUGGAGAAGACCAGACAGGAACUGGAUGCCACCAAAGCACGCCUCGCCUCCACACAGCAGUCCCUGGCCGAAAAAGAAGCGCACUUGGCCAACCUCCGGAUUGAGAGGAGGAAACAGCUGGAGGAGAUCCUGGAGAUGAAACAGGAAGCGCUACUUGCAGCCAUCAGUGAAAAAGAUGCAAACAUUGCCUUGCUGGAAUUGUCUGCCUCCAAAAAGAAAAAGACGCAGGAAGAAGUCAUGGCCCUCAAGCGAGAAAAAGACCGACUAGUACAUCAAUUAAAGCAGCAGACCCAGAACAGAAUGAAGUUGAUGGCAGACAACUACGAUGAGGACCAUCACCAUUACCAUCACCACCACCAUCACCACCACCAUCGAUCUCCUGGGAGGUCGCAACAUUCCAAUCACAGGCCCUCUCCGGACCAGGAUGACGAGGAGGGCAUAUGGGCAUAGCCGGGCCUGUAAACCAAAGUUCCAGUUUUGUUUUGAGGGCUAUCAGAAGGGCUGAAUAAAGGGAACAUGCAGCUCUGCAGCAAUAUUCUGAUAAUCUAUUGCAGUGAGGCUCACAUCACUGUCCACCACCACCUGGAGCGGCUCAUCAGAACUGAAGGGGAGUUUUCACUUACAUUAUUGAGCGUGAUUCUGUUCUACUUGAUAUUUCCUUCAUCACCUCAUGUCAUUUCUCAUGGAUUUGGAUAUGAUGGAAAGGAAGAAUGCAGAGGAGGAGAAAAGUGACAGCUCCUCCAUUUUUGUCGGGAUGCGGGCAUUUUGAAUGUGAUCAUCUUUGCUGAAUGUCAUUAUUUGAUAACAUUUUGUUUAUGUUACUUAAACAUCAUUGGAUAAAUUUGAACUCCAUGGGAUUUUAACUGUGGAUUCAGCUUCUGUUGGACAACUAGCCUCAUCUCCAGUAUCCUGCUGGUUCAGUCUAAUUGGGCAUUCCUAAUGCAUUAGAUUAUCAAAAAGUGUAAAUUCGCUGUGAGUGAGUGGUGUUGGCAGUGCUUGUAUACCAUGAUGCAUGGAGUGUUUGACAAAGAAACAAAAAACACCAAAAAUUGCGAGCCUUUACCCUCCUCUAUUUCUUUAAUCUGUUGUUUGAAGAACCGCAUUUUGAGGGUGUAACCAGUAGUUACCUCUGGGCCAGGUUGGAAAUGAAAUCAAUUUUUUAAACCACUAAUACUUGCCAAGAAAUCGCCUUAUGAGAACAUGGUGUGUGUCUCUGACAAUGCAUGGCACAUCUAAAUUGAUCAUUCAUAAUUUUAUCCAGUACCCCGUCAUGUACUGGAGAGUGGCAAAAGCCUGAGGCACCUGCAUCUCUCUAGUCCCUGUGUUCUGCACAUCCCUACGGCGGGGACGCCACCAAGCCUCAGACUCUUUCCAUCCCGGUACAUGCAGGUCUCCAUGAAGAAGCUGGGACUCAUUCACAUUUCAAGAUCCAAAUGCUGUGCAAACAGUGUAAGCUUAGAUUUUCUAUAAAUGAAGGGUCAUUUCUCUUUUAUUUUUCUUUUAAAGAAAAUGUGUCUGCAACAUGGAUUCCAAAGCAUUUCAGCAUCAAACAUGAAAACAUUGAUGAAUGAGGAACAAUCACAAAAGCUGUGUCUCUGUAUAUAGCUCUACACAACAUGUCUGUGGAUACAGUCAUUAUUUAAAGCACAUGCCAGGGAAAAAGACCAAAUUUUGAGGUCUUUUACAUACAGUGAUAUGGUACUAAGGAGAAAUAAACUCCUACUGCUUCCUCUGAACAUUAAGAAACAAUUAAAAUUGUUAUAACUUCAUAAAACUCAUGACUGAGUCUGGCAAACAUGUGCAACUCUUGUAUUGCUCCAUUUUCUUGUCAAUGGAAGAAACCCUUCCACGUGUAUGCAAGUGGGAGAUGAAAACCUGCAUUUUUAAAGGACAAACAGUGAAUUUAAGCAUGAGUGGCCUUAAUAAAUAUAGUUGUCUUUCUUUGCUGCUGUGGAAAGGAUUCUAAACAGAUGUCCCUGAACUCUUGCAUUGAAUUUAGUCAUUAUUAUUACUUUUUUAAAUGUUGGUGCAAUUAACUCUGGACCUCUCUUGUGAGCCAUAGAGAUAUUUAAAAGACAAACACCUUAUUUGUCGGGGAAGAUGAAACUGUCCCUGAGUUGCACCAUUCUUUCUUGGUGCAUUCGCAGUUAAGAUACUCAAGCAGGUUUCUUGCUUCAGGCUUUGUUCUUGUCAUCAGUAAGUAUAACCAACUAUGUAAUGCUUACGUGUUGCGUAAACAAUCCAAAUGCAUUCAUGUUUUAAAAGUUUGUCCUUUAACUAUCAGAGGGAUCUAGGUCUUGGUUAGAGACAUAAGCAGAGUUCUUUGCAAGCUUAUUUAGCACAUUUUGACACAAUGUUGCACUGAAAACCCAGGCCACAAAUGCGUCCCAGUGAACAGUUUGAAUGUCCUCAAAAAGUGGUCCUCACUGCCUCCUACAACCAGGUCUUGACCUGAACUCUGCAACUGAAUACUUGAAGUAGGAAGUAGGAAAUCCAGUAGGGAAAAUGGGUCCUUGGAACAGAAAAAAAACCAACCAACCCAUGUAUAGCUAGCUAUUUCUAUGUAUGUGCCAAUUUUGUCACAGCUCUUGUUUGGAGGGAUCAUUUUCUGCCCAACUUUCGUUGGUUAAAAGUAAUAUUGAUCUUCCCUUUAUGGGGGCACAUCAUUUAGUCCCUUAAAAUUUAAAUUCUCUCUAACAUAACAACCUUUCCCAUUUCAUGUAAUAUUCUCUGAUGUUUGGGGGGUUACCAAAAAUAUCCCUUUUUCACAUAUUAAGAAUAGUCUCUGGGUUUACAACAAACACUGUGAUGUUGGGAAGCUAUUUCCUUUGCGCGAACUUUAGCAGGUUUCCUUCUAAUCAUAACAUAGUUGAAAAAAGACGUUUGGGCUAACAUUUAGGAGAAGCUGGUCUUUGUGCAAAAGCAGGCUUGUACUUGAUACCCCAUUUGAUUUCGAUGUACAGUGUCAAUUUUGUAUUUAAUGAUUUUUGUGUAUCCAGUAUGCACGUUAGCAGCGUGUCAACUUUCAUUUGAAAGUGGGUUUCAAUUUACUUUUUAAACAGUGUUUAUGACGAGACCUCAAAUGUGUUGACAUAAGCUCUAUCUGCAAUGUUUUUGUGUAGAGUGGCGAUUGAAUGCUGCCGAGGGUCAGUGUAUCUAAUUCCCCGAGACCCUCGUUUGAUAGUGCUUCUUGUAAUAUUUCUUCAAGUGAGUGGCAUGUGGGUUGUGAUAUUGACCAUGUGAUUAUGGACAUCGAUAUGAAAAAUAAAUAAAUAAAACUAAGGAACCCUGGAAACUACCAGUGGGCAUGUAUUAGCCAGUCAUUGUAACCUCGUGUCUAGUAGAACAUUGUACAAGGUAUGUACAGUUCAUAAAUUUGUUAUCAUGUGUAUGAGAAGUACUUUGUGCUGAUCGCCUUAUUUAUAUUCAUCAAAUAAACCUCGUUUCUUUCUGAA